CCAUUUUAAUGCCCUGUAUUCAAAGAAAUGUUCUGCAGCCCUGUGCAGGUGACAGGACAGUGGGGAGUCACCUGCAGCCAUUGCUGUCCCUGAGCCAGCAUUGCAGCUAUUGAUUUGGAACUUGCCCCGUUCACUCUAACCUUGGCAAUGCCAGCUUGACCCUAAUCAGCCCUGAUAAACCCUGCCACAACCUCCUGUCCCAUCCUGGUGGUGUCACACUGUGAGGUGCUGUGGUGACAGAUCUUUCCUGCCACUCUGCCCGUGCACCAAUUGGUCUUUUGCUGCGAUGCUCUAAAUCCAGGAAACCUCUCUCCUAUUUUUGCACAGAGGCUGCAGCCACACCAACAUUUUUAACCCUGUGUUCGUGCCCAUCCCUUGCUGAGUGUUUUGUGUGAGGAAGGAUGCGGUGCCGGCUGCAAAUGCUCUUCCAGAGGAAAUUUAAAAUCAGCUUUCUCUUUCUUCUGUUCUUGGCCCUUCUCGUGCACCUGGUGGUGGAUUUUGCUCUCCCCACAACCCGCAGGUCCUGUGGCUGCAAUACUAAAGCAUCAGAAGCUGUGGGUGUCCCGUCAGGCAGCCCCAUGCCGGGCAGCAUCAAAAAGCUGAGCCUGCGAAUCCUUCAGGAUUUCAGUGGAAGCAACGGCUCCUUGGAGAAAAGUUCCCAGCCAGAGAGAGCGGGGCUGCACUUAAGGGCUGGAGAGCCAGGGGUCCAGCAGCAGCAUGAAGAGGCGAAUGCAGGGUGGACCAAGGGAUCAAAGCUGGCAGCACUCUUCGAGCACCCUCUUUACAACAUCCCAGUCCCAGAGGUGACAGAGAAAGACAAGCUGUUUAUCGUCAACCCCAUGGAGAAGUUCAGCCUGCGCAGCAGCGGGAGUGAUGAAUGGGUCAGCAGCAGUAAAGCCGAGACGCUCCUCCCGACAGGGAAGACAGCCUAUGACACCUAUCCCACCUGGCUCAAAUUCCACAUCGGCAUCAACCGCUAUGAGCUGUACCCCCGCCGGGACCCCUUGUUGCCCGUGCUCCUCCGGGACCUGGCCACGCAAAGGAUCAUCAGCUCAGUCCAGAAGUCCGGCGGGACCCAGCUCAAGCUCAUCAUGACGUUCCCAAACUACGGGCAGGCCCUCUUCAAGCCCAUGAAGCAGACCCGGGAGCAGGAGACCCCCAUUGAUUUCUUCUACUUCUCAGACUUUGAGCGGCACAAUGCAGAGAUUGCAGCCUUCCACCUGGACAGGAUCCUGGAUUUCCGGCGAAUCCCCCCCGUUUCUGGCCGUUUGGUCAACAUAACAAAGGAAAUUCGGGAUAUCACCACAGACAAGAAACUGGCCAAGACUUUCUUCAUCUCCCCAGCGGGUAACGUCUGCUUCUACGGGGAGUGCUCCUACUACUGCUCCACCGAGCACGCCCUCUGCGGCAAACCGGACCAGCUGGAGGGCUCCAUGGCUGCCCUGCUCCCUGACAAGACCCUGGCCAAGCGCCGCUCCUGGCGCAGCCCCUGGCGCCGCUCCUACCACAAGAGCAAGAAGGCUGAGUGGGAGCUGAACCCCAACUACUGCGCUCAGGUGCGAGAGACGCCGCCCUACGACAGGGGCCAUCGGCUCCUCGACCUCAUCGACAUGGCCAUCCUCGACUUCCUCAUGGGCAACAUGGACCGGCACCACUAUGAGACCUUUGAGAAAUUUGGGAAUGACACUUUCCUGCUCCACCUGGACAACGGUCGCGGCUUCGGCACACACUCGCGCGAUGAACCGUCCAUCCUGGCCCCUCUCCAGCAAUGCUGCAGCAUCAAGAAGUCGACUUACCUGCGGCUGCAGCUGCUGGCCACGCAGCCCUACCGCCUGAGUGACGUGCUGCGGGAGGCGCUGGCCGCAGAUCCACUGGCCCCUGUGCUGGCUGAGCCCCACCUGCAGGCACUGGACCGGCGCCUGGGGAAGGUGCUGGUGGCGGUGGGACACUGCCUGGCCAGGGCAGCCCACCAGGAAAAGGUGCUGGUGGACGAUGUGGGGUCGUGGGUGUGAUGGGGGCUGGGUACCCUGCUGGAUUGGGCUGUUGUGGCGUGCUGCUGAGGGUGAUGUGGGGAUCGAUGUGCAGCUCUGAUUCCGUGUAGCGUCAGCUUUUGGUGGUGCCCGAGCUGGUGGUGUGAUGAACCAGGAAAGCAAGUUGUAAGGAUAGGUGGGACAGGGAGGGAAUUUAAAUAAAAAGGUUGGCCUAGUGGAGAGGACCCAAGCUGUGAUCUUCCCCACCAAGGCUGCUUUCCUAGCCCUGGCCUGUCCUUGCAUGCCCGGACGUGUCACUUCAGCCCUCCAAAGCCUUUUAGGAAAGGGUAGGGAUUUUUCCUGCCUUUCCCCAGCAAGAACUGCCAAACUGGAAUAGCUGGCCCACCCCUUCUUCCCCACCCCCACCCCCAGCACAGUGAUGCCCUGCUGACCCCCAAAAAGAGAGCUGAGACUCCCCACUGCUGGUGUGGGGAAAAUGAGGCAGAGGCUCCCAGCUACACACCGCUUAUCUUUGCCCCAAUCUUCCCACACCCACUCAAAAACUCCCAUGGCUCUGACAUCACCACCUCCUCCACAGGACCAGGGAUGCAGCAAGGACAAACCCCACUCCCUUGAGAACAUCUUCCCAAAUUCUCCAGGAACUGCCACUGACUCCCUUCACACCCAAAAAAGUGUCUCCUGAGGAGGGGCUGGAUUGACCUGGGGCUGUGUACCCUGCUUAGUGCCUGGUGGCUCAGCACCCAGCUUAUCCCCUGAGCCUCCCGGGGGGGUUAAUCCACGCAGGGUUACGUCAGCUGGAGCAGGUGCCAUUGUGACAGCCACUGCCAGCGUACCCAGGUUGGGACACGGGAUUGCCGUCUGCACGGCCAGAGUUAAAGGUGCCACUGGGGAGGGGAGAUGUCCUCUGUCCCAGCCAGACACUUGCAAAGGGAUGGGAAGCCACGGGAAAGGGUGAAAAAGGGCAGCUGGCACAGUGGGAGAUGGAGCUGGAAAAGCUAGGCAGAGAUUUUGGCUGAAACAAAAAAUGGGCUCAAAAGGCAGGAAAAAAAAAAAAAAAGAAAAGGGAGACAAAGAGGAUCUGUCUGCGUUACACAACGGGGCUGGGGAUGCUGAAUCGGGGUUUGUUGUGGCGUGCCCCCCCAAUGCUGACAGCACGUCCUCCUGCCACUGCCCUGGCUUGCGCCCCAAAGCCCAGCACACGGAGGAAGAGGUUUCACGGCUGUUUUGCAAUAGGUUCCUUCCCUUCUGCCAGCCUCGUAGUUUUUUUGACUCUUUAUAUAAAUACCUUUUUGCCCUAUAUGCAAAGCCAGGGGGACCAUUCCUGCCCACAGAAACAGCCUAAACAAUCGCAUCCAGACACAGGUGGCCGGUUGCUCUGAGUCUCGGAGCUCCCCCAGGCAAAUCUUUUUCCGAGGCGCCGUCAGAUUUGAAACGCGAGGUGUGGGGGUGGUGGCUGUUUUUUUUCAGCCUGGUGAGUUUGCACAAGGUCCGUUCAAGGUCCCAGGGGAGCAGCCCGCUUUGGCUCACCCGGCGCUGAGGAGCCUGCCCAGCCGCCCGUGGGGCAGAGCGGUGGCCGCGGGUGCCGGUGCCAGCGGCCCGGGAGCAGCAGAACACGCCCGCCCGCUCCCGGCGCCGUGGGCACACGGGUGUCGAUCCAGGGAUCGGUUCGGCCGUGUCGCCGUGGCGUGGGGUGCGGGGAUUUCUCACCCCAGCAGGACCAGCAAAACAGCCGCCCCAAAAAAAGCCCAAACGCGGGGCUGGGGUGCAGCCCUGCACCUGGGAGCUCCCAUUUGGGGCUGGCAUCACCCACGCCCUUGGCUGGCAGCGUGGGCUGGCUGCUGCCCGUGCUGGGCAUGGCGGCCGAACCCCAGGGCUGAGGUGUUUGGGGACCGGUCCCGGUGGGCAGUGCGGAUGGGCCCUCG